AUGAGCGGUCCCAUCAGCAUCGGCUCCGUCAAUGAAUGGCAGUCUGUGCUCUCGAGUAACAAUGUCGUCGUGGCAGACUUUUACGCCGACUGGUGCGGUCCCUGCAAGAUGAUCGCCCCGCACUUUGAGCGUCUGGCCAAGGAACACACGCGACCCAAGAAACUGGCGUUUGCCAAGGUCAAUGUCGACGAGCAGUCCACCGUCGCGCAGGCCAACGGCGUGUCCGCCAUGCCGACCUUCAAGAUCUUCCACGGCGGCAACUGCGUCGACACCAUCCGCGGCGCCAACCCGUCCGACCUGUCCAACGCCGUGUCGAGGGCCUCCAAGCUCGCCGACACGCCCGUCGGAGCCAAGCCCGGCGCCUCCUUCGCCACGCCCGGCCGCACCCUAGGCGGCCAAGGUGGCGGUGCCGCUGCCCGUUCCGGGGCCCCGAGCUUCCUGUCGAGCUUCAGUCUCACGGGGGUCUUCAACCUCCUCAUAGCCUUUGUGGGACUCUACCUCGUCUCUCUGUUUGCGGUGCGUUGA